AUGGCUCAACCUCAACCUCAGGCGCAGGUUCCGCCGCGCGCAUUCUCUCCCCCACAGCCCACGCCCUCGCCCGCCGCGUCACAAUCGAGCUUUGCACUCCCACCUCAGAAGCGAGUCCGAACCGACGGUCCUCCAUCGCAGCCCGAGUCGCCUUACGCUACAUCUCCCUACGCCGCGAGUCCCGGGCCUACCGGAACGCCUCCUGCCGCCGCGAAUUCUCCUGCGUAUGCGCAUAGUCCUGCUCUGCCGCAACCAUAUGCCACGCCCUACACCAACGGCCACACCACGCCUGGCCUCAAUCUCCCAGACGCCCGACCGAACUCGACGCCCCCGAUUCAAACACCGCAUCACCCGCCUAUGCCCCAGUACACAAACGCGACGAUGACGCCUGUACCCGCGCCUGCCGUGGCUCCCGUUGUUGCUCCAGCUCAAGGGCCUGGAGCCAUGGGGCCGCCACAGAGGCCAGCCGAGCGCCCGACAAAAGAUUAUGAGUACGACGUGACAGACUCGCUUGCUGGUACCGGCAUUGAUCUACGCGCUGAGGAACAAUACAUGAAUGAGCUCUACUCAACCGGGUUCGACGAAGCCAGGACAGGUUUCGCCCAGCAUCCGCCGGGAGCCAAGGGGAGCUUCUACGGCGCAGGCCCUGCGAAUCAACCUGCUCAAUCGACACCCGACCAGACUCAAGAACAGUUCGCUGCCCAGCAAGCAGAGAGAGCUUGGUCUGAGUCUUCGAUGCGACUUGCUGUGCAACGAACUCAGGAGAUCGGUGACCCGUUCCUUAUGGUGGCAACGCUUCACCGACGAGCGGAUAAAAUCGCUCGAGAGCACCAUCUCUCUCUCAACUUGGAUCUCAAGAACAACAGCCAGACCAUGGGAAAGAUGAGGCUGCCAGAACAAUUUCCUUACCCCAAGGUCAACAUCAAGACGGCACAGGGCCCGGACGCUGCUCUAGUCCAGACGACAGGCUCCUAUAUUCCUCAUGAUGCAUAUCUGGUUGAUCAGCUGGCGUUGCUGUCGAUUGCAUCCAAGCAAAGGCUUAGAGGGCUUUUGGAGGACGCGCACGUUGUGGCGACGAACCGGCAGAAGACGUCUCACGGCGAUGUGCCUGAAGACUGGGCACCAGCCGCUGCGCCCAUGAAUGCGGAGCCUCUGCAGUCAAUCGAGAAGCCAACUGACGGCGCGGAUGCAGCUGGAGUGGAGAGUGCGAAUGGGGAGGGCACGAAUCCAUUGAAGCGCUCAGCCGACGGUGCUGGAUUGGCAAACGGGGCUCCACCUGUCAAGCUACCAAAGAUCUCAUCUUACAUGACGACUACGAUGCGCGACCUUGCGCGACAGGAACGUGACUGGGAAGAGGCGCGGUUGCGAAAGCGACAAAAGCGCAAGGACGGUAUCCCUGACUCUGGAAGCACGACCUCGCGUGCAGGCAGCGUGGCUCCCGGUACUCCGGGAACCACGGCUCCAGAAUCGCAAAAGACCAUGACCAAGAAGGAGAUGAAGAAGAACCAGCAAGCCAAGGCAGCUGAGCUGGACAGUCACCAGAGUCAGAACACGACGAGCAGUCUCUUUGCCGGCCUAGGAGGCAAGGGCGGCCUCUUCGGCAAGAAGAAGACGGGCAAGACGUACGACUGGAUGAAUGUUGGGCGUGGAGGUAGUGGGGCCAGCACACCUACAAGAAACCCGUCCGGACUCGGUAAGGGGGCGGGAGGUUCGGUAGCGGCGGCGGCACCGGUCAACAUGGCCAUGACGACGGAAGGACGCAACCGACUCGGAACAUGGCGAGAAGACAAGGAGAAGGGCAGGAACAUACAACUACGGGAUUGGGUCUCGGUGUUGGAGAGGGAUGGGCGUGAGCACAAGGCACUACAGGGGGCCUAUCUGCGCUUGGACGCAUCAAAUCCCAAGUGA